AUGUCCGGUAACAUUCACGACGACAACAUCGCACCCGGUACCGUCAGGCUCAUCGACGCCGAAGGAGAACUCAAUGUCAAGCAUUCUGAGGGCCGUGGAGACAUCAUCCUCGUCCCAACACCAUCCGACGAUCCAGAAGACCCUCUUAACUGGACAAAGAAACGCAAGCUGUUGCACACCGCCUGUAUGGUCAUGUAUACGGUGAUGAUGGUGUUUCCUAGCGCGGCUGUUUAUUCGGUCGCGAAGCCCAUUUCGACCUCUACCGGCAUCUCCAUCACAACGAUCAACAGAGGCACCGGUGUCAUGUUUCUCUUAUACGGAUGGUCGACGAUCUUUUGGCAGGCAAUUGCGUUACAGUAUGGCAAGCGACCGGUGUACUUGACCUCAUCGGCCGCCUCUGUCGUUGUGAUGGCGGUGGCACCAUUCUGCCGGUCUUCUGGGACAUAUCUGGCAAUCAGAAUCCUACAGGGAUUCUUUGGAGGGCCGGUCGAGAGUCUUUGUGAAAUUAGCAUGACCGACAUUAGACCCCUAUACAUCGCAUUAUACGGUGUAUCGCUUGGCGCGUCUGGCAAGCUAGCCCCAGUAUUCAGUGCGUUCAUCAAUAGUGGAAUGGGUUGGGAAUGGACNCUUGGUAUCGGUAUUGCGUUCAUUUUUUGUUUCUUGCUCAUGGAAGAGACAAAUUAUGAUAGGCGCACAACGCAAUCAUCAUUGCCCAGCUUACAAGCUAGCCUCGAGAUUGCCAGCGAGCCUGGCCUCGUCUCAGAGAAGGUCACUGCCAAGGAUGGUGUUCAAGUAGGUGAGCCUACCUCUACAGAUAACAAGCAGCUCUACGAAGAUCAGCACUCUAUAGAUGUAGCAGCUGCAGAGUUGGGACAAGUCACAUAUCCUCGAAAAACAUACUGGCAAAAACUAAGCGUCAUCGACAAAAAGCGACCAAACCGCAUCUUGGAUAUCAUGUGGGCGCCAUUCAAAUUCUUCACCUUCCCAGUGGUCGUCUGGGCAGGGUUUCAAUACGGACUACAGGGACUGGUGUAUCCAGGAAUCCUGAACGCCACAGCCAGCGUCACUUACACCAACAGCUUCUACCGCUUCUCUAGUGAUGCGGUAGGGUUUGCAUACUUCGCAGCCGUUGUAGGCAUGAUUUUAGGGUCACUUUGGGUGACGCUCGCAGGUCCAAGGCUGGUCAUCAGACUGGCUCGCCGUAGAGGCGGUAUCUCUGAGCCUGAAGACAUUCUGUGGCUCUUUCUAGCGUCGGCCGUCGUUGUGCCGUUCGCCCUGAUUUUGUGGGGAGUCGGAAGCAGUCACCAUGUGCACUGGUCUGGCCUGGUAAUUGCUCAAGCCAGUCUAGCCAUCUCGAGUACACUCUGCCUGUCGACAGCUAUUCAGUAUGCGACAAGCGCCUAUAGAGACCUGAGUGGCGAAUUAAUCACAACCAUUAUCCUUAUAAGGAACACUUUGAGUUUUGCCAUCAACUACGGCAUUAACCCGUGGAUCGAUACAAUGGGCACACAAAACACAUUCGUCACGGCCGCUGUAAUUGCUUUCGUUUUGCAUAGUACUAUGUUUCUUAUUAUUCCUUUUGGGCAUCGACUUCGGGAACAUAGCGCAAGAAGAUACUGGACAUAUGUCGAGAAGGCCAGGGCCAAAGGGUUGGGCCACUAA